AUGCAUCCGACAGGUGAAGCACCACCUUUACUAGCAACCAUCCAGGAAGACGACGAGCUAGCGAGCCAAUCAAUGAAGAGCGGAGGAGGAGUAGAAAGCAGCAGGUGCGAGGUGGAGGCCGCGGGCAUCACUGUCUCCGUCCGGCCUCACCCGCUCAAGAUAUGGAGCAGGCCCAACGACCUCCUCCUCGACGCCACCGGCGACCCUGCUGCGCUCGCACCUCUGCCGGUGAGCCACAACAGCCGGUGCCGCCUAGUGCUCCGCAACGUCAGCUGCCGCGCGCGCCCCGGCGAGCUGCUUGCCAUCAUCGGACCCAGUGGUGCCGGCAAGUCUACGCUGCUCAAGAUCCUCUCCAGCCGCCUUGAGCCCAGCUUCUCCCCUCCUACUGACCUCCGCGUCAAUGACUCGCCUGUGGACACCGCGGCCCUGCGCUGA